AUGUCUUGCCCGAUACUAUCCUCUACUGCCCGACGGUUAUCGCGACCUCGUCGGACGGUGAUCUCUGCCUUCUCGUCCUCAAGACCGGUUACGAGCUUGUCCUCAUCCUUUUGCGACUCGCUGUUAUUUCCUGCGCGGCUCCAAUCGAAAACGACUCAGACUCCUAGGGACACACUCGCAUCCAGUUCUGCAUCACUUUUCUGCGCUCCCUCCCAACGUCGUGUCUUUUCAUCUUCGCCUAUCCGACGGGCCACCAAAACUACCCUGAACCCAAGAACCGGCGAAGACGGAAAUACGCUGAUGGUCAAUAUAUCUCCUCGUGCUGCAGAGCGUCUCCGAGAAAUUACCGACCCGUCAUCCUCUCCGUCGCCGACCAAGGAAGAGAAUCCCUACCAUCACCUCCGAAUCACGGUGACCAGCGGAGGCUGCCAUGGGUUUCAAUAUAUGAUGUCGCUUGAGGCUGCUUCGAAGAUUGACCCGGAAGACGAUACAGUAUUUGAGGCUGAGUACUCGCAUGAAGAGGUCGCAGCUUCGGGAGCUGGCGAGGCCAAGGUGGUCAUGGAUGAACCUUCGUUGGAGCUUUUGUCUGGAAGCACGGUGGACUAUACGAUGGAACUGAUCGGGAGCCAGUUCAAGAUUAUUGAUAACCCGCGAGCAACCAGUAACUGUGGCUGUGGGACCAGCUUCGAUGUCAGUGAUUAG